AUGUCUUCGACACGAGAUGGUUCACGCUUGCACUCUGACGGCCCUUUCGAUGGCCGCUCGCUGCUGUUAGAGCAGACGAAGCUGCUGCGGGAGUCGUCGCCGGCAGAUAUCAACUUCAUUCAAUUCCUUAAGCUGCGGCUGAGUGCGCAGCAACGAGCCACUGCGCAGCGCAACUACUGGCAGCGAGUACAACGGGAGGCAGCGGACAGUAUGAACUCAAAUAUGGCGCGUCGUAAGGUGCGAGGCGGCAUCCCUGCCCCCGCAGAAGCGAUAUCGACGGCCGCUUCCGGCAGCGUGGAGCGCGCACCCUUCAACGCCUAUGAUGCGGAGCACGUGAUGCUAGAAAACUCGACCACAUCGUUCGACACCUUCUCAAAGCUGGAUGCGGUCAUGCGGGCGACAUCUCACGGUGCCGUGCAGCCCCCGACUGUGUAUCGACACUUUGAGGGCCAGCCGUCUGCAGUGUUGAAGCGCCGCGGCGCACCUGCGUCGGAGUUCACGGACUUCGCCGCCGUCGCCACGGCUGAGCCUAGCGAAGACGGGAACAGCAGCCAAAGGCGCCCAUCUGGUCCUCCGCUGGAGGAAGACUCGUACGUAUUGGCGCCGUUUACCGCGAGUAACUAUAGCGCGGCUGCUGCGGCCGCCAUCGAUGAGCGCCCAGCGAUGGCCUGCGGCAAGCCGCAGGUCCCCGUCGAUGUGGACGAGAUGAAGGACGUGGAGUUGGAGCCGUGCCCGCACUGUGGUCGCACGUUUGCUCCGGCUCGAUUGGAGCGGCACGUAACCACAUGCGAGCGGCAUAAAAGCACAUUGCCUAAAACAAAGGGUGACAUGAAGAGCGCCAGGGCCCUCACCGGUCGCAAGAAGCCGGACCGAACCGCAGGCGGUGAUAGUGCCGCUGCUUCUGCGGCUGCCACGGCAAGCACUGCCGGUGCCGCACCGGGUGAGCCGCAGCGCUGGUCGACGGACACAAUCUUCAAACCGGAGAAGUGGCGGAAGCAAAGCGCGCAGUUGCGCAACGCCAUGGCUGGCGCAUCCGUCGCGGUGGACGAUGAUCGGGUGCCGUGCCCGUCAUGCGGGCGCCACUUCUCCGAUGACGUCGCGGUGCGGCACAUUCCGAUGUGCAAGUCGAAGGGCAGUCGUGUGGCGUAA